UGGCCAGUCGGUUCGGGUCUGGACGUGCAACGGGAAUGCAAUCUUCCUAUGAUCCUAUCCGCCGAAAGUCCAAUUCCUUGUCUUCUCUCGGACUCGGAACCAGAUAGCUUCGUUCUUCGUCUAUGCUCUCUCUCUCUCUCUCUCCUCCUCCGCACGAGGUGAUUCUGUUUAGUCUUUUCAAAUGGAAUCAAACAGGGACUCUGAACACCACGUAAUGAUUGAAGAAAGUUCUCCUAAAAGCAUCCAAAUUGAUCCAAGAAGAGCGCGCUUCCCAUACUGCAUUGUCUGGUCACCCCUUCCGGUCAUCUCGUGGUUUAUCCCUUUCAUCGGGCAUGUUGGAAUAUGCCGAGAGGAUGGAGUAAUCUUGGACUUUGCAGGGCCCAAUUUUGUGUGUGUAGAUAACUUUACAUUUGGGGCAGCAACUCGUUACCUACAGAUAAGCAAAGAGAAGUGCUCUUUUCUGCCUGGUACAUCCGACUUCAACAACGAGGAUCAAAACCAAGAUGAUGAAUACGGAAGAGACAUGUUGACUUGGGAUGAAGCACUGAGGAAGAGUACGCAGGAGUUUCAGCACCAUCACUACAACCUCUUCACUUGCAACUGCCACUCCUUCGUGGCCAACAACCUGAACAGGUUGGGCUUCCGAUCCAGUGGAUGGAAUGUGGUGAACCUGGCUAUCCUAUUCCUUCUCGAGGGCCACUGGGUGAACAAAGCGGCGAUAGUGAGAUCCAUCUUGCCAUUUUUGAUUGUCUUCCCGCUCGGACUAAUACUUGGAGGCUUGAACUUCCUGAUGGUCUGGGCAUCCAUGACCUUCCUCCUCGUGGGUUGGUUUUUCCUCGGGACGUACUGUUUUCCGAAUAUGAUCCAGUUGUAGUUCUCCCCCCAGUAGCGGCAUGUAAAAGGCCACCUUCCUACGAAAUCUGAUCACACUUGGGCAACAUAUGGUUUUUAGUUCACAAUGUAAAUUCUGUGGUGUUCUUCUGAUUUCUUGUCUCUUGAUUUAGUC